UCGCAGUCGAGUAGUGACAAAUCGCUCACAGCGCAUACAGUAGCGCUGAGUCUUAUCUGUGAUACGCAGUAGGAGUAAAAAAAACGCAACAAAACAAAAACAAUGCACUAGCCACUGUUGCUCAAGGGCGCAUUUGAUAACAAUGCAAAAUCGCUUGUUCUCGUUUUGUGCAGUUUUAUUUGAUGUUAAAAUAAAGAUUUAAAAAAAGUUUACGUAUUACCGAUUUUUAUUGUAAAUUUGUCGAUCGUUUUCAUAAUCUGUGUUACCAUUUCUAUAAUUAUCCUCUAUUGUAAAUGCUUGUCAACUGCUAGAUUGAUGAUUUAUACAGGUCAGUACUAGCGAGUAGCAGCUACAUAAUACGCCUAGUUCUUCUACUGCAGACUUCAGUUUUAGUGACUUCAUGUUAUAAACUAUAUUUUUUAAUAUUGCAUAGUAUAUACUGUACUGUAGAACGUUUAUUGACAUAUGCAGAAAUUCAUUUAAUAUUAGAUGUACCUUAAUUUCUUUAAAAAUGCUAGUAUUUUAUUUUGUUGCAAUAUUCGCCUUCAAAUAUAUCUAAUGAUUCAAAUUACAUCUGUAAUUAAACUGUCAUUUUAAGUUGAAUUAUUUUAGCUAACGCAAUCAAAGGAACAUACAAAAAAAAAUUUGAGGAAUAUGCCUUCGGUAUGGGAUCUAAAGACCACCUUGUAUGGCCAAAACACGAAUCUGAUUUACAACAAGUAUCUCCAGGACGUCAGUUACGGUCGCGUCUUGUUCAACUUUGUCCAAUUUGUAAUCAACCAACUCAAAAUAAAGUCGGUCAACAAAAUGUUUGCAACUGUAGUUUAUCAUCAACUCCAAUUUCAUCAAAUGAACCAAUUCUUUUGGCUAACCAACCAAAAAAGAAAAAUCGUAAAAUUAUGUUACCAACUACAGCUUGUAAACGCCAAUUAUUUGAUGCAACUACAAGUCAUGAAACACCUGAAAAUUCUGUGACUUCAUCUGAUGUACAAAAAUCAACAGACCAAAAGUGUAUUGAAAGUGGUGAAGGACAAAGUAGUUCAUCUGUUCAGUCACCAUUACCUACUUUUGGUCAAAUGUUGAGAGGAAGGCAUGUCUGUCAAUUAUGCUUCAAAUCAUUUACCAGUCCUUGUAAAUUGACGCAACAUUCUUAUUCUCAUACCGGAGAAAAACCAUUUGUAUGUAAACAUUGUUCUAAAGCAUUUUCUUCCAAAUUUAAAUUGGUACGUCAUGUAUUAAUACACUCUGAUCAACGUCAAUAUCACUGUAACAUUUGUGAUAGAACAUUUCACAGAAAAGAUCAUUUAAAAAACCAUGCAAAAGUUCAUAAUCCUAUUAAAAGAACAUUACAAUGUGAUCGUCCCGGGUGUUCUAAAGAAUAUAGCUCUGUCCUAAGUUACCGUAAACAUAUUGCAGUGCAUUCUGUCGAAGAGGGAUUUCUCGACUGCAAGAUAUGCAAUAAAGUUUUUGAAUCAAAAGAUGAACUAUUAUAUCAUUUAAAAAUCCAUUCAGGAUCUAGAGUUAUUAAAACACCAGCUGACAAAAAGUAUCGUUGUAAUUUCUGUGACCGUUGUUUUUACACAGGAAAAGAUGUUCGUCGACACUUGGUAGUCCAUACUGGUUUACGGGAUUUUCUAUGCCAGUAUUGUCCACAACGUUUUGGACGCAAAGAUCAUCUUACUAGGCAUAUUAAAAAAAGUCAUAAUAUUAAUACAUUGAAAAAAUCUAAACCAAAAAAAUCAAAUGAUCAGUAUAAAUGUAAAUCUGUUGAAACUGUAUAUCUUGAAACUUAUGGUCAACAGUAUAAAUUAGAAAGGAAAAUAUCAGAAACUGUUACAAGUGGAAGUUUAAUAAAACAAGAAAAUCUAACUUCGGAAAUUCCAAUGUUUCAUUCAUCUGAAAUAACUAGCUUUAACUACGGGGAAAAUUCUUCUGUUAUUCAAACAAUUGUUUCUCAUGGUGAAAAUCCUAGCUUAAAUUACACUUCUCAAUCGUCCUACCCAGUUGAUGAAUUGAAAGAAUUUAAUACUAAUUUAACUAAUCAGUUACCAAAUGCAUACCAAGAGACAAAUAGUACUGAUAUUCCUGGAUUAACCCAUCUAAUUGACAUAAUACCACAACAAUCAUUAGAUUCUGAAUCUUCUUUAUUAAGUGAACACGAAUCUUCAGUAAUAAUUCAACAGCAGCCCGCCCAUCAUGUAACCAUUGAACAAUCUCAAAUAGGAGUUAGUGAGUAUUUAACUUCAUCAUCAGAUAUAUUAACGGCAUUAUUAAGAGAAUCAUCCGAAACUGGUACCACUACAUUACCUGGGUUUAGUCAAGUUUUUCAUCAACAACAAUAGUUCCAUCUAGUAGAACUUUUGAAUCUAGUCAGUCUUCCAUAGAUCACAAAUGUUAACCAUAUUUGUUAAUUCAAUUGAAUCGAUUAACAUUCAUUUAUGAUUUAAAAGUUGGUUUAUGAAUAAUAGUUCAUUAAAAGCAUAACUAAACUGUAUUUGGUCAUAAAAACGAUGUCUUGUAACAUUAGUAUAACAUGAUAAAAGAUACAAUUGUAAAAAAAUCCUUUGAUAAGAAGAAUUUUUGUUCUUUGAUUAAGGUGUUCCUUUCUCGACUCAUUUGUUGGUUUACUAUUGUUCAAUAGUUUUUAAACAUUUAGUUAAAAGUCAAAACAUAUUUUAUCUAGUCUUUAAAACCAUGCAUACUAUAUAGUGUUAUAUUCAUAAAAUUUCAAAAUCAUUUUAUUUUCACAAUUUUUUUAAUAAUAUAUAGUAUGUAA